UAGUUUGCCAGUAAUGCGUUGCAUCAGACACAGUAAACAGAGCCCAGGAGAUCUGGAUCUUAGUCAAGACAACCAAUAGAUCACUAAUUUUUUGUGAAGUGCAAACUCUGUGAAGAAAUCCAAUAAUUUACCUUGGAAGCCUCUCACUUAUUACUAAAGGCGAUGUCUGCCCCCAACGUGUUGCGAGUUGGAACGGCAGAAAACAUUUUCGUGGAGUGCCAAGACUGUACUACAAGCGACGUGGUCAGCAUCACCGUGCUGAACCAUCCAACCAAAGCAAGAAGGCUGGCGAAUACAUCUGUCACCCUUACUAAGGAGAACAAAUUCCAAGGCUUGGGACAAAUUAUAAUCCCUGCUGAAGACUUCAGUAUGAAUCCCAACAUGAAGCAGUUUGUGCACCUGCGAGCUGAAUUCUCUGGUGUAGAGCUAGAGAAGGUUGUCUUAGUGUCCUUCCAGUCGGGCUACAUCUUCAUUCAGACUGACAAGACCCUCUACACUCCCAACAGCAAAGUCCACUACCGGAUUUUUGCACUGACACCCAGCAUGGAGCCCGUGGAGAGGAGUAAUAUCACAGACGCUUCUGUUAUCAUUGAACUAGUGACCCCUGAUGGCAUCACUUUACCACUUGAGCAAGUCUCUCUGAAAUCAGGGAUCCACUCUGGAAAUUACCAGCUCAAUGAAAUUGUCAGUACUGGACUGUGGAAAGUGGUGGCAAAGUUCCAUAGAAACCCACUACAGAGCUACUCUUCAGAGUUCGAGGUAAAAGAAUAUGUUCUUCCCAGUUUUGAAGUGAAACUUUCAUCUGAGAGCCCCUUUUUCCAUGUGGAUGAUGAAAGCAUCACCAUCAACAUCAAAGCCAGUUAUCUGUUUGGCGAAGAGGUUCAUGGCACAGCCUAUGUGGUGUUUGGGGUUGUGUAUCAGGAUCAGAAGAAGAGCUUUCCAAGUUCUCUUCAGAGAGUGCAGAUCAAUAAAGGUGAUGGAAAAGUCAAACUGCUGAGAGAGCACAUCACAGAGACUUUCCAAAACAUAACCGACCUGGUAGGGAGUCCCAUAUAUGUAGUUGCCACUGUGAUGACAGAGAGCGGUAGUGAAAUGGUAGAGGCAGAGUUGAGAAAUAUCCAGAUUGUCACAUCCCCAUACACCAUCCACUUCAAGAAAACACCCAAAUAUUUCAAACCAGGAAUGUCCUUUGAUGUUGUGCUUGAAGUUUUGAAUCCUGAUGGUACUCCAGCACAAGGUAUCCUAGUAGUGGUGGAUCCAGGCCAGGUGAAGGGCUACACUGCAGCCAAUGGCAUGGCAAGGCUUACCAUCAAUACAGCCCAGACAAUUAAAUCCCUGACAAUUAACGCGAACACCAGUGUUCCUAAUAUCAGCCAAGCAUCAGCCACCAUGGUAGCUCACGCAUAUACCACCAAAAGUGGCAGUUACAUCCACAUAGCGGUGGAUGCAUCUGAGGUAAGACUAGGAGACAAUCUGAAAAUCAGCCUUAUCAUCAAGCAGCCUUCAAACGCACUUCAAAAUCACGUCACAUACCUGAUUAUGAGCAGAGGUCAACUGGUGAAAUAUGGCCAAUAUGAGACAGGAGCAAUGAUUUCUAUGACACUCAUCAUUACCAAAGAAAUGCUGCCAUCAUUCCGCAUCAUAGCCUACUGCCUUACAAAUGACAAUGAAGUGGUAGCAGACUCUGUUUGGGUGGAUGUCAAAGACUCCUGCAUGGGCUCAUUGGAGCUGGAAGCUUUAAAACUUGCUCCAUCAUAUCUUCCUGGUAAGAUGUUUGGUCUGAAGGUCACUGGAGACCCAGGAGCCACAGUGGGACUGGUGGCAGUUGACAAAGGCAUCUACGUCCUAAACAACAAGCACCGCCUCACGCAGGAAAAGAUAUGGGAUGUAGUAGAGAAGUCCGAUACAGGCUGCACACCUGGUGGAGGGAAGGAUGGCGUGAAUGUCUUUUACGAUGCCGGGCUGUUGUUUGAGUCCAACAAGGCUUCUGGGACCUCCUACAGACUAGAAUUAAAAUGUAAAGCUACCCACAGGAGAAAACGAGCUACCACGAUACUGGACAUCAGGACCAGCUUAAUGAGUCAAUAUGAAGACCAGCUGCAACGCGAAUGUUGUUUGGAUGGCAUGAUGGACACCCCCCUGUCAUACACUUGCGACAGGCGCAGUGAGUACAUCACGGAUGGUGCAGCCUGCGUCGAGGCCUUCCUGCACUGCUGCAAGGAGAUGGGAAGCCAGCGAGCUGAGAGGAAGCAUGACAGCCUCAUGCUGGCUCGUAGUGAGGAUGAUGAGAGUUACAUGGACACCAAUGAAGUUGUUUCUCGUACUAAUUUUCCUGAAAGCUGGCUGUGGUCAGAUAUGAAACUGCCUGCUUGUCCUGCAAAAACACCUAACUGUCGUGCAUCAGAUCAGACACAAUUCCCUUUGAAAGACUCAAUCACAACCUGGCAGUUCACUGGCAUCAGCCUAUCAAAAACUCAUGGUAUCUGUGUGGCCAAACCAUUAGAGGUCAUUGUGCGGAAGGAGUUCUUCAUUGAUCUUAGGCUGCCUUACUCUGCUGUCCGUGGAGAGCAGCUAGAAAUUAAGGCAAUCCUCCACAACUACAAUAGUGAGCCUAUCACUGUGCGUGUGGACCUGAUUGAGAAAAAGGAUGUGUGCAGUGCAGCCUCUCGACGUGGGAAGUAUCGUCAGGAAGUCACAGUUGGGCCCCAGACUACAAAAUCUGUACCUUUCAUCAUUAUUCCCAUGACACAUGGACAGCUUCAUAUUGAGGUCAAAGCAGUUGUUAAAGACUCGGGGCUGAGUGAUGGAAUCAAAAAGAAUCUGCUGGUGGUGCCCGAAGGCAUCCUCUCAAAAUCUUUGAAGAUUAUGACUCUAGACCCUGCUAAGAAGGGUGUAGAUGGAAAACAAGAAGUAAUUCUGAACAGUGAAAUUCAAGGGAAAGAUUUGGUUCCAAACACACCUACUGGGACACACAUAUCUGUGACAGGAAGAGAGCAGAUAAGCGCAUUGGUGGAGAACGCUAUUAGUGGGAAAUCAAUGGGUACUCUGAUCAAACAGCCUGGAGGCUGUGGAGAGCAGAACAUGAUCGGCAUGACCCUGCCUGUCAUUGCAACCACCUAUUUGGACAAAACCAACCAGUGGGAAACUGUUGGCAUUGACAAGCGUACAGAAGCACUUGAACACAUCAAGACUGGCUACCGGAAUGAGCUUACCUACAGGAAAAGUGAUGGAUCUUUUGCUGUGUUCGAGAAUUAUCAAGGCAGCACCUGGCUGACAGCCUAUGUUGCCAAGGUGUUUGCCAUGGCCAGCAGUCUGGUGCAAAUAGGAAAUGAUGUCAUCUGUGGAGCCGUCAAGUUUCUGAUUUCCAAUACACAACGAGCUGAUGGCUCAUUCACGGAAGUUGGAACAGUUAUCCAUGGAGAGAUGAUUGGUGAUGUACGCGGUACAGAUUCAGAUGCUUCCAUGACGGCUUUCUGUCUCAUUGCCAUGCAGGAGUCACGCACACUAUGUACUGCCACUGUUAAUGAUUUGACAGCCGCCAUAAACAAAGCAGUAAACUACCUGGAAGGACGUCUAGAUGACCUCAACAAUUCAUAUGCAGCUGCAAUGACAUCAUAUGCCCUGGCAAAUGAAAACAAAAUGGACCUGAAGAUCCUCUUCAAAUUUGUCUCCUCAGAGUUAACCCACUGGCCUGUACGUGACACACAUCUUUUUACACUGGAGGCCACAGCUUACGCCCUUCUGGCUCUGGUCAAGGCCAAGGAAUUUGAGCAGGCCGGCCCUGUUGUCAGAUGGUUCAACACACAGCAAAUUGAUGGCGGAGGCUAUGGAUCAACUCAGGCUACUAUAAUGGUGUACCAGGCAAUAGCUGAGUACUGGAUUAGUGCAAAUGAAGAAGAGUAUGAUGUGAAUGUGGACAUUAUGUUUCCUGGAAGGGCAAAACCUGACAAGUUCAACUUCAACAGAAAUAACCACUAUGCUACCAGAUCAUCCAAGAUCAACAAAAUAAACCAGAAUGUGACAGUGAUUGCCACAGGUUAUGGAGAAGCAACAGUGAAAAUGGUGUCGCUGUAUUAUGCACUGCCUAAAGAAAGGGAAAGCGACUGUCAGAAGUUUAACCUGUCUGUGAAGCUCAUCCCAGAGAAUACGCAUGAGGAUGAGAACACAUUCAAGCUGAUAAUAGAGGUUUUAUUUAAGGACAAAGAGCGUGAUGCAACUAUGACAAUCUUGGAUAUUGGCUUGUUAACUGGUUUUACAGUUGACACUGAAGACCUGAAAAGAUUGUCCAAAGGACGUGACCGUAUCAUUUCAAGGCAUGAGAUGAACACAGUCCUGUCAGACAGAGGCUCGCUCAUCAUCUACCUAAACAAGGUUUCUCACACAAAACAAGAAGAGAUUGCUUUUAGAAUCCAUCAGAAGCUCAAAGUGGGAGUCUUACAACCAGCCGCUGUGUCUGUCUAUGAAUACUACGAUCAUCAGCACAAUAAAAAUCUGCCUUGUGUUAAGUUCUACCACCCAGAGAGGAGAAGUGGAGAACUACUGAGGCUCUGUAAAAAUUCUGAAUGCACAUGUGCUGAAGAGAACUGCAGCAUGCAGAAGAAGGAAAAAAUCAGCAAUGAUGAGCGCACAACUAAAGUCUGUGAGACUAAAGUGAACAACAAAAUAGAUUUUGUGUACAAAGUGAGGCUGGAAGAUUUUACAGACGGUUUAUCCACUGACAUUUACACAAUGCGGGUUAUGGAAGUCAUCAAAGAAGGGAGUUAUGAUGAUUGUCGAGGGAAGUCAGUGGAAGGAGCAAGUGAAGGAGCCUGUGAUGUGGGUCCACGAGGUAAACUGCGUGCAUUCCUCAGCUAUCAGCACUGCAGGGUGGCUUUAAACCUGAAAAUAGGCAAAACCUACCUCAUCAUGGGCAUGGCCAGAGAUAUUCACGUAGACAAAGAGAAGGAAACGUAUCAGUAUGUACUCGGUGAGAGAACCUGGAUCGAGUACUGGCCCACAGAAGAAGAGUGUCAGACUGAGGAACACAGACCUACCUGUUUGGGCAUGGAGGAGAUGGAACAGCAGUACACAUUGUUCGGAUGUCAGGCCUAAAAGAAAUACAUUUGUUAGAUUGCUUAAUUUUUGCAUUACUUUCACGUCAGACUUUGAGUGCCAUAAGAUACAAGUUGGACAAAAUUUCUGAUGCAUCCUGUCGAUAUAAAAUACAAUGAUAUUUUAUGUGA